AUGUCAGCAUAAGAAGCAGCUGCCGAAUAAAAGGACAACGAAUCCAUCGAAAAGACUGUCGAAGAACAAAUUGAAGAAGCCUUAAAGGAACUUCCUUUAGGUGAAAAAGUAAGAGCAGUGGCAAUAAACGCUCAUUUAUAAGAAAAAAAAACUUUAGAUGCCGAACUCUAAAAGAAAUUAUAAUAAUUAAAGUUCGAAUAUGAAUAAUUAUCUAAGCCAAUAUAUGUUAGAACCCAAUAAUUAGUUGAAGGAGCCAUUCCAACUGAUGAAGAGCUUUCUAAUUUAUAAAAAUACUUAAAAGAAGGUGAAAAUGAUAAAUUAGACGAAGAAAAGAGUCAAGCAAAACCUUUGAACGAAUAUUGGUUGAAGGCCAUGUGGGAAAACGAUAUAUUAGCCGUCGAAAUAAAAGAAUAAGAUGCAGAACCUUUAAAAUCUUUAUUAAAAAUCGAAUAUAAUCCUAUAUCUACAACUUUAGUUGAAGUAAUUUUCACUUUUGGACCUAAUGAUUAUUUCACAAACACUGUUCUUAAAAAGAUUGUUGAAUUAGAUGAAGAUGAUGAACCUGUGAAAACUACAGGAACCAAAAUUGAAUGGAAGGAAGGAAAAAAUACAACUAUUAAAAUUACUAAAAAAACUUAAAAAAUAAAAAAACUAGGUGCUAAAAGAGUCGUUGAAAAAGAAACUAAAGUAGAAUCAUUCUUCAAUUUCUUUGAUGAUUCUGAACCUUUGAAAGAUUAAGAUAAGGAAGAUGCUGAAGAAGAUUAAGAUUUCGAUAAUGAUAGACUAAAUAUUGAUUUUGAUAUCUUUAAAACCCUUGUUGAUGAAAUCAUUCCUUAUUCUCUUGAAUAUUAUUUGGGAGUUUAAAAAGGAGGAUACGAUGAUGAAGAUUAAGAUGAAGGAGAAUCUGAAGAAUAAGAAGCUCCUCUUGCUGGUAAAUAAAAAAGAAAAGGAAGUGGUAGUAGUGGUGGAAAAAAAUGAAAAAAUAAA